AUGAAAUCGGAGCUGGAAGGGACCGUAGAGGUCAUCCAGGCCAACCCCCUGCUCAGCGCGGGGUCGACGGCGGCGGCAGCAGAGAGACCGCCCAGCUGGCAUCUAAAAAGGGUCAAUCCUAUUUUCAGCCGUUCAGAAGUGUGCAAUUCUAGGUGUGGCCUUACUAAGCCUUUACAGAGCGCUUGCCCCCAAGGAAACUCCUGGCUGGCUGCGGAAGGGGGCAAGGCCGGAGCUGACCUCCCCCUGCCCGUUUUUCUCCUUUCGGCUGCAGAUGUGAAGUACGUGGAGAACUCCAGCGUGGUGAAGGAGGCCCAGGAAAAAGCCAACACAGCCCUGAUGGAGUACACCAUCUGCCAAUAUCCGCACAUCACGGACAAAUUCCGGCAGUUGCUCAUCCAGCUGGCGGACAUCCGGGCCCUCAGCAUGCAGGCCGAAGAUUACCUGUACCACAAACACCUGAGCGGGGAGGUGCCUUGCAACAACCUGCUGAUUGAAAUGCUGCAUGCUAAGCGGACUUGA